CACGCGAGGCGGCAUUUCGAGCGGCAUUCUGGGAACCUCCGAUCGGGAAGCCUCCGGUGGUCUCACCGGCUACUGCGGAGGGCGGAUGGUGGAUGGCGUCAAUAAUGAAAUUGUGACUCUUAUCGGCCGGGGCUGAACUCCGUGAUGGGCCUUGAAAUACGAAUGACAAGCCAACACUCGAGUGGGAAACUUGGCGAUUGUUCGACAAUCAGUGUAAAAGAUUCCCAAGACUAAUACCCUCAACCCCAAAAAAUGGCACCCAUGAUUGACGAUGGCGCGGCAUUCGACAGCCACAAGCCCACAGUCUACGUCAUCGACACGUUCCACCCCAAAGCCAUCGAGCAUGCCAGGACGAUAUUCAACGUCGUGCUCAACACGGACAAGGAGUUUGCCGGCUGGCAGCAAAAGGCCAGGGCCGUGCUGAUCCGGUCGUCGUACCUCCGCGCCGACGACAUCGCCAAGUGCCCGAAGCUGGUGGCCAUCGGCAAGCACGGCGUGGGCAUCGACAAGAUCGACAAGGCGGCCUGCGACGCCAGGGGGAUCCGGAUCCUCAACACGCCGGGCGCCAACGCGCAGGCCGUGGCCGAGAUCGUCGUGGCGCUGGCCAUGGCCGUCGCCCGCAACAUCCCGUCCAUAUACGCGCGCCAGCUGUCCGGCCCCGUGCCCAAGGAGACCUGCACCGGCCAGACCCUGUUCGGCAAGACCGUCGGCGUCAUCGGCAUGGGCAACAUCGGCCGCAAGGUCGCGAGGAUGCUGCAGCGCGGCUUCGACGCCCAGAUCGUCGCCUUCGACCCCUACCUGCCCGCCGACGCCUGGGCCGACGUCCCCCACCGUCGCGUGCCCGCCUACAGGGACCUGCUGGCCGAGUCGGACCUUCUGACGCUGCACGUGCCCCUCACCGACGAGACGAGGGACAUGAUCGCCUACGAGGAGCUCAAGACCAUGAAGAGCACCGCCAUCGUCAUCAACGCGUCCAGGGGAGGCAUCGUCAACGAGGCGGACCUGCAGCGUGCGCUCGAGGAGGGCCUGAUCUGGGGCGCCGGGCUGGAUGCCCACGAGCAGGAGCCCCCGACGGCAGAGAGGUACGGCAGCCUCUGGAAGCUGCCCAACGUCGUCAGCACCCCGCAUAUCGGCGCGGCCACGGACGAUGCGCAGUACAUGUCUGCGCUCGGGGCCGUGAAUAAUCUAUACGACUACCUAAAGACUCUGGGAAGCAACUGAGUUGUUUUUGUGUAUUUAUAUAGACGUUCAAUCGCAUGAUACCAUUUUGCUGUAG